GAUACAACUACUCCGCUGUCUCCUGACGCGGUUGUUUGCUGGUUUCAUCACCCGAAUGCGACAUUGUAAGUUGUCGCCUCCACAUCGACAUCAGCAGCCGUACGACGACGAUAAGAAUAAGAAGUUUAAAGUUUAAUGAUUUAAAAUUCCUUACAAACCCGUGGGCGUAAUCGACACGCAGUAGGAAUCGUUGGGAGUCGAUUCCUUAAGCGAUACCCGAUGCGUUGCGUAGCAACGGAGUCAAAACAACUGCUUGGGAGGAGGAUGUAAAAUGAUGGUGGUGAUGAUGGUGGUGGUGGUUGUUGUGUGGUGAUGGUGUUGAUCAGGUCAUUGACGCGAAACGAAUCCUUGUGGAGCAGUUCAGCGGAAGGGAAUGUCUGAGGUCCGUGUGGUCCCAAGCGGGAAGGUGUAUCGACAGCUUUUUGAUGCCGAGGUGCAGCUGGUGCACUCUCUCGCCAGGGCAAGGCAACGCUGGGGCAGUCCAGGGGAGGGGCUGCUGCCCACCCACUUGGGGGGCUGGGCCCACUUGGGGGGCUGGGCCCCCCGCAGCGAUGAGGCGGGGCCCCCGGGGGCUCUGCCCGCCCGAGUGUGGAUGCUCGGCACUCCUCACCGCCUCCACAAACCGCCCGCGGCGUUUACACGGUGCCCUCCUGUAGCUCCCGAGAAUGGCGAAUUGCUGCCGCACGUGAGAGGGGCCGAGACUGAGGAUGAAAUUGCUGCGAGGGAAGUGAGAAACCUUGCCGUUGACGUGGUGGCGGAGAAGGUGGGGUCAGACGUGGUCCAGAGGGUGACCGAGCGACGUCGCUCCAAGCACGAGGCCGCCCUGCGAGACUUCUUCGCCGCGCUCGGGCAGAUAAACUCGGAUAUGGAGCGUCGCUACCAGGAGGCUGGGGAGAGGCUUCGCGGCGACUUGUCCGCAAGCGACGCCGGCAUGGAAGAGCUGAUGUGCAGCGUGGAGGGCGAAGGGAAGCUUGCAUCGGUGUCGUUUCAGGAGCUGGAGGCGGUGUGGUCGGACCUAGAGCAGCGUUCGGAAUCGCGAGAGGCCCGGAUUCGCGAGUUGGACGUUGCCUGCGGGAGGCUGGAGGACGAGAGGUCCGACAAGAUCGGCCGGGAGCUGAGGACAUACGCUCAGCUGAUGGAGGGAAUUGCCUUCGUCCGAUCUGAAGAAGUCCAGCGCUUGAUGGACGGGGAGGCAAUGAUGCUGAAUCAGUCGCUGCUGGCGAACCGACGCGCGCUCUCACGCCUCUCGCUGCACCUCUCCGAAUCGGGGCUGCAGUUCGAGGCUUCGCUCAGGAAACGCUGGGAGGAGGCCCUGCGGGCGUGGAGAGGCCUGCGACGGGCGGCCGCGACGAGGGGGUUCCGCGAGUUCAUGGAGCGGCACCAGCUGCGUAGUUCACCUGGGGCGGACGCUCUCGUCCAGGCGACGACGGAUGGACAGAGGGAGCUGAACGAGCGACGGAUCCGGCUGAUCAACUCACUCGAAGACCUGAAGCCGCCCAGCGUCACCACGGAGGCGGUGAGCGCGUGGAGCUCAUCCCUGGAUGCCCUCAAUCGGCAGAUCGACGAGCUGAAUGUGCGCCACGUGGAGAGGCUGCGCGCCCAGUCCGAGGUCACUCUCCGCCGGCAGCUGGACGAGGUGGAGCGAUGCCGGCUCGAUCUGGCGACGAGCGGCGUCUGCGCGGGCGAGGAGGAGGCCUGGGAGCUGGCGCGGCAUCACCUGCUGCCGCUGGUGGGGGAGCGCCAGAGGGCCCACGAGGAGGAGCUCGCCUCCGUGGAGGCCGCGCUGGAGCGGCAGGCCCGCCGCGCGGCGUCGCUGAGCCGCCAGCUCGCCGCCUUCGCCCGGGGGGCCGCGCGGCUGUGGGAGCGCCACGCGGAGGAGCUGGCGCGGCGGGAUGGGCGGCUCCGGGACAGGAUGGAGGCGUCGCGCAGGGAGCACGACAUGGCCAAUCAGGCGAAGGAGGCGAGUCUGGACCUGCUGAUGGAUCAGCUGAGACAGGAGAGCUCUGAGCAGGCGUUGGAGUCCAGCCUGCAGAGAGCCCUCAGCAAGCUGGACUCCAUCAAGUCGGGGUACGAGGAGUUCCAUGGCCAGCAGGUGGCAAUAGUGGAUGGCUACCCGGCGUCCGUGGCCAAAGAGGUGGAAUCGUACGUCCUCGCUGUGCAGGAGUACUUCAAGAGUCGGCAGUGGCGCGGCGGCGUGGCAGCGGCCGACGCUACGCGCGAGCGCGGAUCGCUGCCGGACCGCGACAAGGGCUCGAGUCCGGAACGCCGAGACCCCUGGCACGACGACAACGGCGACGUCUUCCUGACGGAGACGCGAGAGCGGCAGCAGGACGAAGAGGUGGACGUGGACGAGGUGGAUGCGGAGGAGGUGGAGGGUCUGGAGGUCGACAAGAAGCUGCCCUGCUACCUGGAGCACACGGAGCUGCGGGAAGAGCUGCUCGGAGUCGUCACGGAGAUGCUGGCCUGGGAGUUUGGCGAGCACGCGAGCCGGUGGCGCUCCUCCGCGGAGGAGCGAGCGCGCGCCGUCGCCGAGGCGGAGAAGGAGGAGCUGCAGGCGGAAAUGCAGCUGCGGCUGCACCUGCACGGGCCCCGAGCCUCCCGCGUGCGGCGCGACGUGAAGCAGGCGCGCGCCGAGGAGCUGAGGGGGCACGUGGAGGAGGUGGAGCGGCACUGCGCGUCGGUGGGGCGAGCGCUGGACGGCCUGCGCAACGGCGUGGUCCUGCUCGACGCUCGGCACGACGAGCUGGCGCGCCAGUUCCAGGCCAGGGUCGCCGGCCACGACGAGGGAUUCGCGCGCGCCAGCAAACCCGACAGGCUGCAGAAGCUGAACGAGGCCCUGAAGCGAGACACGGAGGCACACACGGAGGCCGUGCGCUCCUCCCUGCGCAAGUUUCGCAAGCAGCUCGAGGACACGGUGGCCAAAGUGCGCGGCUCCAACGCCAAGUUCAUGCGCUCCUUCAAGUUGUUUUCGGAGGGUGGCAACUUCUCCCCGGAGGAGAUCGAGACGUUCCGCAAGCGCCUGGAGCAGCUGUCGAGGCAAAUCGACGCGGCCGAGGGGCAGAGCGCAGCCAGCCUGGAGGGCCUCGGCUCCAAGCGCAUGGAGCAGACCGCCACGAUUGUGGGGAAAUUCGAGGUCAAGUUCAGGGUCAUGAUGUCCGACCUGGUGAUCCUGGAGAAGAUCCAACGCGGUCUCAUGGGCGCGCAAGUCAGAAUCAAAACCGAGGUUGCAGCCAGCAACGCUCAGUCGCAUCGGAUCUCCGAGCUCCUUAAGCAGCUGCGGGAACGGAUUGACGCGUGCUCCUACCCGCAUGUCGACAAAGAGGCGGUGACGGUGGCCGACCUCCUGUGUCACGUGGAAGCCAUCGGAGAGGCGGUGGAGGCCAGGAGUGGAUACCUGGACUGCUUGCAGGCUGUGCAUCACGCGGCAGACGGAGCGGAGGGAGACGCGGAAUCGCCGGGCCCCAGAGCGGCCACAACGGCCGGCACGGCCGCCGCCGUGUCUCAGAAGCCGGGCAGCCGCGUGGGCUUCACGGGCCCCGGGACGUGGGCCCCGUCCGGUCGCGCCAUGCGGCAGGCGGCCGACGACCCGGCCAUCGCCACCAUCCGACGGAUCCUGCGGACUCAGAGGGCCCGGGCCCUGCCAAAGCGCGAAGCCGAGAUGAUCGAGGACUGCCAGUCGACAGCCACGGGCGCCGAGCGACGCCCUCCGUCGCGACACGCCACCCCGGGGACUCCCAAGGCCCUGCAGGGCAGCGUGACGGCACCCGGGGUCAGCGCUCGCCAGGCCAGGGCCAGGCCGGCACGCCCGGCGUCCGGCCAGCGAGCCUCAUCCGGAAGUGCAUCUCGCAGGUCGAAGCAGCAACAGCAAGUGGCCAUCGAGAAGCCGACGGACGUCAGCCACUUCGAAGGGAAGAUCGAUGAGAUUCUCUGGGAGACGUACGAUCCACUUUGCACAGCUAUCGAGGACUACUAUGGCCUCUACAAGCGCAAGGAUCGGCGCGGCGGAAUCCCGCGGCCCCUGGCGCUGCUGCCGGUGAGCGCCGAGCGGUGCGCAGACGGCCUGGCGUUGAAGCUGGAGGCGUACCGCGGCCAGGCCCGCGGCUACCGUGACCACUGCGUCGCAGAGUUCCGCCAGCAGCUCACUGACCUGGAGGUCCUCAGUGCUGACGUCCCCGAGCAGAGAAUCAGAGAGAUCCUGCGGAGUCACCUGACCCGGCUGAGCCAAUCCCUGGAAGCGCUAAGGAGCGCGAUGGAACGGGAGCUCGACGAGUGGGAGCGCAAAAAGCGUGAGAACGCGGGGCGUUUGCGCCCGGCGCUGGGCCACCCGGACAACGCGGCGCAGCUGAGCGGCGUGCGCGACGGCGAGGCGGAGAGGCAGGCCGCCCACCGGGCGGGAAUCCGCCGGCACUGCGACGCGCUGCAGGAAUGCGUGGCGAGCGGAGCUCAGGAGUUUGUUGUCCACCUGGCCACCCUCUCCACGCUCGUGCUCCUGGCCUGCGAUGCCCUCCCAACCGCCCGGGACCUCAAGGCGACGGAGCCGCACAUCGUCCGUGAGAAGACGUCGACGCUGCUCCGGACGAGGAGGAGAUGGGAGGAGGAGAGCGCGAGGGCUGCGGAGGAGGAGGAGGUGGAGGAGGAGGUGGUGGAAGAGGAGGAGGAAGAGGAGAAGUCAGCGCAACCACAAUCCGCGCAUGUCUGGCCCGGACUGCCGCAUCCGCCGGGAGAGACGGGGGCUUCUGCUUCUCCCGUAUCCACGGCGACCGGCAGUACCAAGGAGAUGCAGGCGGUCGUCACGGCGACUGUAACCACGGCGAAGAGCACAAGAGGGCACCGGGCCACGGUGGUCGCCCGCGAUCGCGCCUAUCGGGUGAGCGUCGGGUCGUACCUUAUUGCCGCGCGUGCAUUUUGGCGCGAUGCCCGACGUUUCGCUCCACGUGCCGCAGAAGGAGAAGCUCCCCGGGGCCAAAGGAGCUCCCGGCAACAUGUGAGCGAAACGUCGGACGUCGUCGCGAAGUGACGAGGUGAACACGCGGACAAUGCUCCUCCUUCCCACAUCUGCAGGUUGGUGUUUCAACUAAGUUCCUUGAAAGAUUACAACUUGUUCAGAAUGCGGCAGUCAAGGUUUUCACGCGAACCCCAUUACGUGACCGGAUAUCUCCAGUUCUCUUAUCAUUACAAUGGCUUCCGGUCUCGAAACGAGUAGACGUUUGAGAGCCUCCUGCUGUUUUUUCAAAGCCUUGCACGGGCUGGCACCACCACCAUGCUUUUCACGAGUUGAGUCAUCCAUACCACACCCUCAAGGUCGUUAAGAUCUGCCGACUCCGGCCCUGCUACCACGAUCCCGGCUGCGUUCCUGGGGCGAGCGGUCGUGGAAUUGCCUGCCGUUGGAAAUUCGUUUAUCCGACAGUGUGGAUACUUUUAAAGUCUUGCCUUUGAAACCACAUCUUCUUAAAUCAGUUUAUUGCUUAUCCUUGUUCUGACAAGGCGUCUUGAGACAUUGGCGGAAGACGCCUUACAGACAAAUGUAAAUUAUUACUCUUAUUUUCUCUCGCUCGACAUACAAAAACGAUUUUGUUUAGACAUCCCAUCAGCCCACACAGCUCCUCCCUCCCACCUGGGAGUGCACCAAUGCAAUCAACGCUCUCUGUACAGGUGUCGACAUUCGGAGUCUCAUCAGCAGUGUCGCGCUCGAUCGAACAGAUGCAGGUGACCGGCAAGAUAUCCGUUUGAUUUGUACUUCUUGGCUAUAUAUGUAGUGACUAACUCGGAGACACUAAGAGAUGGAGGCACUCUUUUAUUGACACGCACCAACGGUUAACACUUCCAAUAAAACCGCCUAGAGUCGACUACGGUUCCCAGUCAGGACAGCUGGCAGACUGCCUGACUGGUGAUGCCCGAGAAGGUGAAGACGGAGACCACGGUGAAGACUCCAGCAGCAGCACGACAGGGAACCCCGCUCCACACGACAGCCCCGAGGUCCCCUCCCGGGGCCCCUCUUAUACUGCCAGCGUGGCUCGGCUCCGCCCCCCGGCCACGCCCCCUUUCUAGAACCUACCCGCGGGUUCCUGGUGUGCCCUUUCCGUGACCUUUCCCCUACAUCCCCCUCUGGUGUGUCACGUGACCUGCUGCCGUCAGGGCUGCUGUAAGCUGCAGAUCCUCUUCCCAGCCAGCAGCCAGCGCUAUGCUGCUACAUUGCUAAUUCCAUGUCACUACACAUCUAUAUGCCAAGGCCGAAAACAACAGGCCACUUUCCUGACACGACACGCAUGCAAACGGAGGGUCGGGAAGCGUGUCGAGGCCUCUGAUUGGUGCAGAGAGGCCUCAAAGAGGAUGGGUUAGGGCCAGAGGAAUUCAACGGAUUGGAGUGGAGAUAUUCCGACGUAAAAGGCAGGGAAGCGAGGGUGGACUGUCGAGGGGAGGGGGGGAGGGUGGAGACGGUCAACAACCCUUGGACAAGGAGGACGGCGAUUGGCUGUAGGGGAAUGGGGUGAGCGAAGCUUCGAGGAAGGGGGCCCCGGACGAUUAAGCUCGUGCGGGGCCUUUAGCAAAUGUUAUAAAAGGGCCCUAAAAAAACACGUAAAUAU